AUGUCCGGCUUCAUCUGUGGGUGGCUGCGUCCACGAUCGUAUUUUCACAACUCGGCGAUGCACUUGGAAUUGCUGCCCAAGCCGCCUCUCCGACCUCAUCGAGCUCUUCCCGAUUCCCUUCAUAUGCCUACGACGUGUAUUUCUGUCCUCUCCGCCUUGUUCCUACUCAUCGGAAAGGAAAAGCUGACCCCGUGGCUGGCCGAAGUUUUCAUGUUUCCGGUGCCCUACGAGUUGAUUUUGGUAAUCGUCGGAAUUACGGCUACAAACUUUGCCGAGUUGGCGAGGAGAUACCAAGUGCAAGUGGUUGGCAAUAUUCCGACGCAUUUCCUCCACCAUCACCUCCUCGCCUCGACCUUGUCCCCUCUAUUUUACAUCACUCCUUCGGCAUCGCCUUGGCUGCGACCGCCAUCCACCUUACCG